CGGUCAGCCAGUCAGCCCCAGCAGCAGCAGCAGCCGCCGCACACCAGCCCCGGUCUAUGGGACACUGAGGACUUCAUCUGGCUCGUCCCCCGGAGCCGCGCAACCCGGGACGCAAACUGGUUUAUAUACUUCGCCCUUUUUUCCCCUUCCUCCUCCUUAUUUUUUCAAGCAAGAGGAACUUUUUUUGAAUCGCGUUUUCAUUCAGAAACUUUUACUUAUGGUUCGCGAAUAUGGGGUUAAGUUGUGGUUUCUCUCGGGGAAACAUCGCUGUGGUGCUGCUGCUGCUUCUGGAAGGAGUGACGGGGCUGUACUUCCCCCAGAAUGAGUACACGGAGACGGUGUAUGUCGGCCAGCCCGCGGGCGCCCAGAUCCUCCAGGUCCACGCCAUGCUGGAUCUGGACUCCGAGCGGCCGCACUUCUACCUGUGCUGGAGCUCCCUCAGACUCUACAGCUCCUGGUUCCACCUGGACGUCCACACGGGGAUACUGUCCCUGAACAAAACCCUGGAGGAAAGCGACUUCAUCUCCACAAAUCAGCACUCGUGGUCCGUGAAGAAGUUGACCCUGCACGCCAUGGUGUCACCCGACUUCAUCAAGAGGUCCCACUGCAUCAACAGAAACGCCCUGCGCAUCACCCUGGACUUUGUCAACGCCUCGCUGCCGCAGUGCGCUCGGACAGACAUGAAGGAGCUUUGCUUCCCGCACAGAGACACGUCCAACCCCCACAUCAAGGAGAACAGGUUUCCCGGGGCCAUUCGGCAACUCAGACGCCUCACCAGAGUCAACGUCUGCCCCAACUACACCAUCUCCUACAGCGUGGAGUCAGAAUCCCCCGCACCCUUCGCCGUCAACGAGAACACCACGGAGCUGGUGGUCACCGCCCCGCUGGACCGCGAGGAGAGCGAGUGCUACCGACUCCUGCUGGUCUGCACGGUGCGAACGGACUCGGUCAUCACCAAGGUGGAGACCUCGCUGGACGUUUUCGUCAAUGAUGAGGACGAUAACGCCCCGUACGUGAACGGGACAGACAUGGCGGACAUCGUCAUCAGCUUCAAUCGAACGAAGGGCGGCUCUUUUGGAACCUUGCUCGUCUUUGACAGGGAUUUAACCCCCCUCUAUCAGAUAGACAAGAGUCACAAUAAAUAUGUGGGAACCUUGCUCAGCAGUGAUCCAUGGAUAAAUAAAACAUUUGACAUUAAAGGCACCUUCAGGGAAAAGAAAACUGCACCUGGAGGCAUUCGAGAGACUGUCCACGAAUACCAGCUCGUCUUGAAGAGGAGCUUGUACGUGAAUGAGACUCGCACCUUGCAGCUGGACUACCUGGUCAACGACACAACCUAUCCCGGAUUGGAGGGAACGGUGUUGCUGCACUUCAACGUCACCGUCUUACCGGUUCACGUCCGCUUCGCAAACAUCACGCAGAUGUUCACGGUGACACGCAGAGCCUCCGUUUACGCACAGGUCGGCAGAGUCUGCGUGGAGAACUGCCAGCAGUUUGACGGCUUCAGCAUCACGUACCGGCUCGAGGUGCCGGAUAAGAACGCGUCCGCCGACUUGCACUCCUGCUACUCGGCCGUAAGCAUCACCCAGGCCCCCGACGCCAUGUGGGGGCUGCUCUACGUGAACGACUCGGAGGCCUUGCGCAGGCCCGAGUGCCAGGACCUGCAGUAUGUCGUCGUAGCCCAGGAGGAGCACACGCAGCAGGAGACCAGCAUGCAGAUCCACAUCAUACUAGAUGAAGCAAACAAGGCCAGCCAGGAGAGCCAGCAGUUCCUGUCCUGUGCCGAGAACAGACGGCGAGGAGACUGUGAGUCUGUCCGAGGCCUGGGGGCGACGACGGGGAGAUGCCAGUGGAGGCAGGGCACAGAGAAAGGAAUAUCUGAGAGUUACUCGACCUGCUCCCCUGACCUGCGGACAUGCCCUGAUAGCUUCUGUGACGCGGUGGAGAGCAAAGACGCAUCAAUAUGCCCGCAAGACUGCACGAAGGAACCUGUUAUCGGAGGUCACGAGCGAGGCUUGGGGAACGGGAUCAAGGCCGGCUAUGGCACCUGCUACUGCUACUCUGAGAAAUGCUUCUGUGAGAAGGAAGACGUAGAGGAGGUGAUAUGUGACGACAUGUGUAAGACCAUCAUCGCCACGUCGCUGCUCCUCUCCUUCGUCGUCUCCAUCCUCCUGUCCUCGUACUUCAUCCACCGGUACCACAAGAACUCGCCCAAGCCUCCCAUCGCCUCGGCGGAGAUGACCUUCCGUCGGCCGGCUCAGGCCUAUCCCAUCAGCUUCCCCGCGAACAACGUACGCCGAGGCUCGCAGGAAUCCAUCGAGACUGACACCUUUAAAAUACCUGAGGAUCCAAAGUGGGAGUUUCCUCGUAAAAACCUGGUACUUGGCAAGACUUUGGGAGAAGGAGAGUUUGGGAAAGUUGUCAAGGCGACCGCUUUCAGGCUAAAAGGAAAAGCAGGUUACACCACUGUGGCUGUGAAAAUGCUUAAAGAAAACGCCUCGCACAGUGAGCUGCGUGACCUGCUGUCAGAAUUCACUUUACUGAAGCAAGUCAACCAUCCGCACGUCAUAAAGAUGUAUGGAGCGUGCAGCCAGGACGGCCCAUUGUAUCUGAUCGUGGAGUACGCCAAGUACGGCUCGCUCCGCAACUUCCUGCGCGAGAGUCGGAAAGUUGGCCCGAGCUACAUGGGCAGGGACACCAACCGAAACUCCAGCUACCUGGAGAACCCAGACGACAGGGCGCUCACCAUGGGAGACCUGAUCUCCUUUGCGUGGCAGAUCUCCAGAGGCAUGCAGUACCUGGCUGAAAUGAAGCUUGUUCACAGGGACCUCGCGGCACGAAACGUCCUCGUAGCCGAAGGAAGGAAGAUGAAGAUCUCCGACUUUGGCCUUUCCAGAGAUGUGUAUGAAGAGGACUCGUACGUGAAGAGGAGCAAGGGUCGUAUACCUGUUAAAUGGAUGGCAAUAGAGUCGUUGUUUGAUCACAUUUACACGACGCAAAGUGACGUCUGGUCCUUCGGGGUGCUGCUGUGGGAGAUAGUGACACUGGGAGGAAAUCCGUACCCAGGUAUCGCCCCUGAACGCCUCUUUAACCUCCUCAAGACCGGCUACAGGAUGGAGAGACCGGAGAACUGCUCGGAGGAAAUGUAUAACCUCAUGCUUCGAUGCUGGAAACAAGAAGCAGACAAGAGGCCGACGUUCUCAGACAUCAGCAAAGAACUGGAAAAGAUGAUGGUGAAAAGUCGGGAUUACCUGGACCUCGCGGCGUCCACGCCGGCCGACGCCCUCCUGUACGACGACGCCCUCUCUGAAGAGGACACACCACUAGUGGACUGUAAUAACGCCCCUCUCCCUCGAACCCUCCCCUCCACAUGGAUUGAAAACAAGCUCUAUGGCAUGUCAUACCCGAACUGGCCUGAGAAGAGCCCGGUACCGCUCAACAGACAUGAUGCCACUAAUCCAGUCUUUACAAGAUAUGCCAAUGAUAGUGUUUAUGCAAACUGGAUGGCUUUGCCUUCACCCGCAAAAGCUGUGGACAAGCUCGAUAGCUAAAGACAAACCAACACUGUAGAAAAGAUGACUAAUUGGUAGAUGUAUAUAUUUCUAUAAGACUGUACAUAUACAAUCUGAUGCUAAAGUUGGUUCCCUUUUAUUUCUGUUGCAUGGGUAUUCAAGGUUUUAAACUGAGGUCUCGGCUGGAUCAACAUAGACCAUGCUUCAUUCUGCUCUUCACUAUGUUAAUUAUUACCUCACGGGUCAUGUUGGCCAAGUUGUAUCACUGCAUGACUAUUGUACCAGAUUGUAUGUCAGUGUCAAUGUCUCUUAAGUGCCUGUGCCGCUUCUACAAUAGCCUCCGAUUUGUUGUUAGUGUGCGACUGUGAAGAUCUCGCUCCAGCCCAGGAAUUAAAAGGGGACGUCUUUACCAUCACCUGUUGUAGACAGCUGAGAUUGAGUGGACAAAAAAAGCUGAAAUGCUGAAGUUGUUCUGAAAAAUGUAAAGUUUCUACUGUAGGAGGAUUGAGCUCCUCGCAAAAGAAAAAACAAGUCAAACACCCAUUUUGUGUUUCUCCCACAAGAUGUUUUUGAAAACUGUUGUUGCCAAAGAAAAGUAACGCAGACAUGUUCAGUGAACGGUUUUCUCUCACUUUUGUUCUUGUUCUUUUGUUUUUUGUUUUUUUUUUAUAUGAAAAAUAUCAACUAGUGAGUGCUACUCCAGUGUACGGACAUGACACUUAAUGUAGAUUGUAACCAUGUCCACCAUGUGUCAGACUACAGUUUUGAUUCACUUUAACUGCAAUCUUUGUGGAAAAAGUUCAAUUAUGUAAACUAAUGAGUGUUAUUGUUAUGUUAUUAUUUGAUUAUGUUCCAGGUAAUAAUAAACAUUAAAAACGUG